CAAACUAAAAAAAAAAUACUCUACAUUCGACCCUUCUGCCAAUAAUUAUGAUUGUUUUUGGUUUUCAAUUAGAGGAAAUAGCAUCAAUCAUGCUAUUUCCGGAUACAUUUCCCAAAAGUGACAAACUUGUAAAGAAUAUAGGAAUUGUGCAGUCAUACGUAAUCGGAAGUGGUAGCGAAAGUUAUUGCCGAGGAGACCACUAGACAACUAUGACGGACACCACUGAGGAGAUGGUGUCGGAGGCGACGACAGUAGCCUCCGCACCUCACCGAACACCUACUCCUGAACUUCAUGCGACGUAUACGACUUUCGAAAUCCUAGUGGCAUUGGUGGCAGUAGUCGGGAACGCUAUGGUGAUCUAUGUGUUCCGACGUGAGCGUAGACUGCGACGACGCACAAACUAUUACAUAGUGUCUUUGGCAGUGGCAGACUUGCUGGUCGGUCUACUAGGAAUACCGUUUGCGAUACUGGCAUCAGUAGGCCAGCCACGAAACCUCCAUGCUUGUCUAUUCACUGUGUCGUUGUUAGUGAUGCUGUGCACUAUAAGUAUCUUUUGUUUGGUGGGUGUUUCCGUCGACCGCUACUGGGCAAUCUUGCAUCCGAUGUGCUACUCUAGAAACGUGCGCACGAGAACAGCUAUCUGUAUAAUCUCCGUGUGCUGGGUGUCAGGGGCCGGCGUGGGACUCCUCCCACUGUUCGGCUGGCACGCCGGUAACAACAUGCCAGGCUGCUACUUCGUCGAAGUCAUGGACUACAACUACCUUCUGUUCCUCUACUUCGCGACUAUUGUGACGCCCAGUGUACUCCUCACGGGGUUCUACGCGCAUAUCUACAGAGUUGUUGUUAAACAGCUCAGCGAAGUGAUGACAGUCGAUGGUUGCCGGGGGCGCGUUCCUGGCGGCGGCACCAUGCUCCGGGUACUGGGAGCUGCUCAAAAGCGAGAAGUCAAAGCCACGCAGAACCUCGCCAUCAUAGUAUUCUUCUUCAUCAUUUGCUGGAUACCGCUCUACACUGUCAACGCGAUCAAGGCCUUCAUGCCUGAACUAGACAUUCCAAACCCUCUCACUUACGUUUGCAUCAUUGUCUCCCACUUAAAUUCUGCUAUCAACCCCUUCUUAUACGCUUACCAUCUAAAAGACUUUAGAGCGGCGUUGAAGGGUCUUCUCUGCUCCAUAGCAGGCAGGGGAGUGACCAUACAAGCAGCGUACAGGCCUCCAAUACCCGUCAGAAGUCACGCGCUAGAAAGAUGCAAUGCUUUGCGAGAGAGACCGAAGGUGUACGUGAACUCCCCUGUGUGGCUGCGGCAGAAGGAAGCUGAAGUCAGCACGACGGAGGAGAGCAGAGCUGUGGCGGUGGCAACUCCUGUAGUUCCUGAUGUCGAACCGUUCUUAAACAGAGCCGCGGAGGGCUCCAGUGGGUGUCACACCCCUGAGGGAAGGGACAGCGAGGCUGGGCCGUAUCUCAUAGAAACUGCCGAGGAGAGAUGCCAAAGUCCGUACAGAAGGGUGGAGGAGCUAAUACGACGCGUGCGCAGUGCUAGUACGGAUCACAGCUGACAGGAGCCCUGCCGGGGCAUCCCGGCGUAUAGUGUCACAUGAGGCGUCAAAACAAACAUUCCUAAACAGUAGAAAAGUCGUAGAAUAUAAAUUAAAGCUGCUUGUAGUGAUUUCUGCUAAUACUAGUACGUCAAGAUGUCGUGAAGUAGUUUUUUUAAUGUGAUUAAAAAUAUUGAAUGUUUAUCAUAUUUUUAAGAAGAUGUUGAAUGGAUGCUUAUGUUAUUAAAGUUAAAAAUAUUUAUGUAAAUGUGCUGAAGCGAAGGUAUACUUUCCUUGUAUGAUUGUUAAAACUGUUGCUUUAAUGGAAAUAUAAAUUAAAAUUGAA